UUUGACGUUAGGUUAAGUUGUCACUAGUUUAUUUAUUAAAAUAAUAUGUAAAAUGGUUAUUUACGGUAUUUAUAUUGUUUCGAAAUCCGGAGGAUUAAUAUUCAACUACGAUAAUGUAAUUCCGAAAAUCGAAACGGAAAAGAAAUUCUCUUACCCUUUAGACAUAAAAUUGAGAACGGAGAAUAAAAAAAUAGUUGUAGAAUUUGGUCAAAAAGAUGGAAUUCAAGUUGGUCAUGUUUUAAACUCUGUGAAUGGGAUUCCUGUAACUGGUCAACAGAUGGACAACGGACAAGACGCUCUUGAAUUCAUAGAAAAAAAAGAAAAUUAUCCAGUUACAUUACAAUUCAGCAGGCCCAAAAUGACAACAAACGAAAAAAUAUUCCUGGCUAGCAUGUUUUACCCAUUAUUUGCCAUCGCUAGCCAGCUGAGUCCCGAGCCGAAGUCAUCAGGAAUUGAAGUCCUCGAAGCAGAUACUUUUCGGCUAAACUGUUUCCAGACUUUAACUGGAGUUAAAUUGAUGAUAGUCACCGAUAGGGCUCAAACUGGGGUGGAAAUAUUGCUUAAAAGAAUAUACGAAUUGUACGCGGAUUAUGCUUUAAAGAAUCCAUUUUAUUCUCUAGAGAUGCCGAUUAGGUGUGAGCUGUUCGAUAGCAAUUUGAAGUUUGUGCUCGAGCAAAUCGAUAAAGUUGGGAUAACUAAUAUAUAAUAA